CCCCGGCUCCGCGAGGUCAACGUGAGCGGCUGCGUCGCGCUCACGGACGUGGGCCUCGCGGCGCUGCUCGACGCGGCGCCGCGGCUCGCGAAGCUCAACGUGACGCGGUGCCCGCGGCUCACGGACGCGACGCUCGACAGGGUCGCUAAAAACCUCGGGCCGAGCCUCGAGGAGCUCGUGUGCUACGCGGACAGCGGCCUCGCGCGCUACGACGCGCUGGGCGGCGGCGCCUGCCCGAACCUGCGCGUGCUGGACUGCACGGGGAGCCGGGGCCUCACGGGCGCCGCGGUGCGCGCCGUCGCCGAGACCGCGGGGCCGCGCCUCGCGAGUCUGAACUUGUCCUGGUGCGUCGCCGUCGACGACGAGGGCGUCCUCGGGCUCGCGGACCACUGCCCGAACCUGGAGCUCCUAUCCCUCCACGGCUCGACGCACGUCUCCGACGCCGCCGUCGACGCGCUCGCC